UAGGCGAAGAAGAAAGAGAUGCGUAGAAGAAGAAAAAUGGCCAUAGCGUUAAAGUAAUAGGCGAAGAAGAAGGAGAUGCGUAGAAGAAGAAAAAUGGCCUUUUCUAUUUCCACUUAAACGAAAGAAAGAAACCACGCUUUUGCCCAGGAAUGAGUGUUUUCCACCAGGGAGCAGUUCAACCACUGAGCUGAUACCAUGGUCGAUAACCGCUACGCUACAGCCCUGGUCAUCGGCUCCGUGCUGAGCCUUUUGGCCGCCGUGUACCUCUCGGUGGCCGUGGGAACCCAGCACUGGUACCAGUACAGCAGUCCGCCGGGCGCGCACGACGGCAGCAACGCCUCUGUGUUGAGAGACGACUCAGUCGACGGCGAGUUUGACGAGAAGACCUCCAGCGAGACCUUGUAUCGCCUCAACGGCACCAUGGGACUGUGGUGGUGGUGCAUCCUGGUGCCCAGCCAGUCCCACUGGUUCAAGGAGCCAGAUCCGAAAUUUAAGAGGCAGUGUGAGCGCUUCACUCUUCCUCAGCAGUUCUUGCCAAAGUACAAACACCCUGGAAACCACAACAGUGACGAGGACCUGCUAAGGACAUACUUGUGGAGGUGCCAGUUUCUCCUGCCUCUGGUGUCUCUGGCCUUGGUGUUCCUCAGCGGCCUUGUCGGCGUUUGCGCUUGCCUCUGCCGCAGCUUCAAGCCCACCCUGGUCGUGGGUGUGCUACAUCUUCUCGCUGCUCUGUGCUCUCUGGGCAGCGUGUGCUGCUUCCUGGCCGGCGUGGAUCUCCUCCACCAGUACGCCAGGCCGCCCGAGGGGGUGGAGUCGUCGCUGGGCUGGUCCCUCUACCUCGCCCUCAUCUCCUUCCCGCUGCAGAUGAUGGCGUCCGCCUUGUUCCUCUGGGCGGCCCGCAGCCACCGCAAGAACUACACGCGCAUGAUCGCCUACAGGGUGGCUUAAAAUUCCGGCUGAUAACAAUUAAAAUCUAAAAGCAGAGGGAGCACACAAAGUGCUCAUAGUAGCCGUUACACAACAUCCAUUUGUGGUAUCGCAUCUUUACUAUAUUAGCCUUUACACUAAGAGUGCAUGCUGUAUUAUUUAUUACUUGUGUUGCUUUGGAGAUUGCCUUCUUUUAGUUGCCAUCAGUUUCACUGCUGCUCUUCACCUUGCCAUUAACCUUUUUUGAAUUAAACAUCGUCAUCAAUACCACAAUGCUAACACAUUUCAGCAGUGUUUUUUUUUUUUUUUAGAACAACAAUGUCACUCACUUAAAUUGUAACCACUUUUAUCAUGCUUUUUCCCCCCGAAUGUUUAUUAAUACAGUUAAUCUCAAUGGUUAAAACUGAUUGAUGUCAGUAUGCUACUGCUCACUUUGUUCUCAUGGCCAUUCACUUUUGAUAAAACCACUUGAAAUGGUGAGCAUUCCCAACUGUGGUCAAUUCUGUAGAAAUCUUUUAAAAGAGGCUCAAAUUUUGUAUAUGGAAAAAAUAAACUGUGUGUGACAA